AUGUCGUGGUGGGAGUCCGCCGUGCCCUUCGGCCUCAUCGUGGGCGCCCUGAUGGCGAUGGGCAACAGCCAGUACCUGGCCAACCACCUGUACUACGGCAAGCCCAAGGCCACGGGGCUGGACGAGUGGGACCGGGUGAUGGCGCGGAGGGACGACCGGCUGAAGGACGGGGCCUUCAAGAAGGUGACCGGCUGUCCGCCCUUGAUGUGUUGUUCUGUUUGUUUCGUUUUGUCUUGGGUGGUGUCCACGGCAGGAUGCCUGGUCGCAGGGAGGCGUCCAGCCCUUUGGGUGGUCAGGCGUUUGACGGCGUACCGCACCCAAGUCACUUUGCCACAACAGAAAGAAAAGGGUCCCACGAUGUGCGGCCUUCUCCAGCUGGGGAAUGCCUCUGAACUCGCCCUGCGUUCUUGUCGAAGAUACUUUGCGACAACAGAAAGGAACGAGUCCCACGACGCGCGGCCUUCUCCUCACAGGGAAUGGCGUGAGGCAGAGUUCUGUAUCACGGAAGGCAAUGCCGCCGUCUCGCGAGUGGGGUGGGGAAGGACACGAUGCGGAGUUUGUCCCUGCCCGCGAUCUCACGAUUUCCUGAAGUUUGAUCUGUGUGUGUGUGUUGAUGUGCCUAUCCCCGCUGCGCUUGUUCCUUUUCCUCCCUGGGACUCGUGCUUGGGCUUCUUUACCUUCUCAAAAGACCGGCAUUCUAUUUGUGGGGCUCAAUAUGAUCCUUGGCGCGGGAACGACUUGCUCUGA